AUGCUUGUUCAAGAAAUGUCACUGGCAUCAACAAGCAGCUCUCGACAUUUUGUAUUUCCAGCUCCAGGCUCUCAAGAUGAAGGAUGCACUAACGCGAAGGAUUUCGCGGACCUCUUGCCGAACAUCAUUACUCAGAUCAGCCAUUCCGAUUCCAGAAUUGGCAACAGUGGCGGAGGCGAAGGUCCCACUACAUGUCAAUACGUCGUCCUGUCUGACAGCACAUUAUUGGAGGCUCCAAUCUCCAAUCAUUGCUGCUUAGUCAAGUCGCCGAGCGUAAGGCCUUCUUCAGCUUCCUCCUUAGGCCCUCCCUCGGAAUAUUCUUUUGAGCUGGAAUCCAGGAUUAGGGCGUAUCCAGAACAGGCAGGCACCAGACUGGGACUUGUUGCUUCACAUAUCCCUCAUCAUCGUAGCCUGUCGAGGGAACAUCUGAGUCUGUAUCUGGUUGUGCAAGACCAAGCAAGUCAUCCAUACCAAGUCCAGGCGAGGUACUUCCAGUAUGUUCGGGCUUUUCUGAGCUCACGAGCGAUCCGCCGACACCAUUCCUGCAACCUGUUCUCGACAUGCGAUCUUGGUCCAAGCCAUCACGCCAAAAGUCAUAUCUCGAUGGAAGUUCAGUUCAUUGAGAUUUGUCCCUUGCUGGCCACUGACGGAAUACGCAUUUUCCGAGAAAUCGCUCUGGCAGUGCCCACCCACGUCUUCCAGUCCUCCUCUGGUACUAAGAAUCUAAGAUUCUGCCACCCAUACGCCUUCUCAAGGGCAGUGUGUCUCGCUCCCAUUCCUUGCUGGUAUGGGUAUGGUAUAGCAUACACUCUAUGUAUGUACAUUACCGCCCGAGAGGUAAGGAAGCGUGCCUUGGCGAUCUUGCGGCGAAGACCUCUAUCAAAUGUUCACGGACUACUUCAGCAAAUCAGAAGCAAAGCCGAUAUCGAUAAGUAUGCAAGGGCAAGGGUCGACUAG